AUGAUUUCGCUUAAAGGGCUUUUCGUUAUCUUUAGUCUUCCGUUAAGACUUCUUUGGGUCAUCAUCAGAUACCCCUUCGAUGGCGGUGCCAAGGGAAAAUACAAAAACAGUUUGUCUAAAGCUUUAAAAUUAGCCAUUUGCAGGUUUGCCAUAUCGUUAUCGGUACAAGACAGCUCGGUUUUGGCCCUCAUCAAUACCAAUUUUGUCAUCAACAAAAUCGUCAAGACUUUUUAUCCCAGUUUGACUCAAUUGAACAAUUACGGCAAAAGAUACGAUAAACAAAGUAUUUGGCUCGUAGAGGCUAAAGAUAGGUCGAGCUCGGAUCCGAUUAUUAUAUUCUGUCAUGGUGGUGGGUACUUUCUCGAAACCCAGCCUCAGCAAAUUGAAUCAUUGUUGAGCAUGUACCAUCUACUUGAUGAAGAGAAACGAAAAAAGGCAUCAAUAUUAGUGCUAGAAUAUGGGUUGGCCUGUCAUGGACGUCUUAUUGGCACUCAAGUAUACGAACUAGCAGCAACGUAUAACAAAUUGGCCUCAGAAGGGAAUGGCAACUUUGUUUUGAUGGGUGACUCCUGUGGGGGUAAUUUGGUGAUUGUGUUUUUGCAAUACUUACAGUACCAGCAACAGGACCUCAAACUACCCUGGCCUAGGUCCGCUGUAUUGAUUUGUCCUUGGGUAAAGAUUGUGCCUGAUGUAAACCAACUUACUCCUGGCCACUCCUACUACGACAAUGAACAGUACGACAUGGUGCAGUCAAACUUUAUGCUUGAUCAGAAAAGGCAAUUGGCGUUGUUUGGCAAUACUAGCUAUGCUGAUCUCUUUAUAUCACCUGGCAAUGUUGAAUACAAAUAUAGUGAUUGGAGUGCCAUUCCUACUUUACACAGCAGAGGAUACUCUACGCUUGUCAUUACUGGUGAACACGAAGUAUUUCGAGAUGAUACAUUGGAAUGGGCCAAAUACGCCCUCAACUCACCCUUAGAGCCAUCGAAGCAAGAUUCUGGCGGUGUGUUUAAUCAUCAAAUACACGAAUUCAAGACUAGUGGUGCUGAUGGUGCUUAUAUCGAUGUGGUUAUUGAGCCAUGGGGUAUACAUGAAUCGGUUAUAUUUUUCGAGCAUGAUGCUAUCGAUAAAUUGAAGAAAGAACCACAUUUACAAUUGAAAGAUUUGGAUACGGUGGAGUAUUUUGGUAUUGUUAAAAUCACCGAGUUUUUGAACAAGAUUUUUAGUAGUGAGUGA